CUCUGUUGUCUGUUCUGAACUUUCUUAAUGACGUCUUGAGUUGAAUGUCUAUGACGCUCCGCGAUAAAAGCUCCGGCGAGAUAUUUGCAUUGACAGCAUCAUUUGUUCUCCAUUUGCACUCAAUCGGGUAAGCUUCUCGAAAUCUAGUCAGAUCGGGAUGCAUUCUGAGUGCAAGUUGGAGAUAAGUGGCCGUAUUAAAACCGUGGGUCAAAUGACGUAGACGACGAUUGGCGAGAUUACGUUGCAACGAGAUUGAGUAGUAUUCGGGGGCCUACGUGAUAAUUCCGAUUAAACUGAUAAUGCAUACUCUUCGAUGAGAGGAUAAAUCGACUCGUACAGGCUGCAUCUCUGAUCCAGCACUGAUUGGUCGAUGAUUGAAGGUCCUGAUGUCUGUGUCUGCCCGACAUCUCCCAGGUUUGCAACAUAUCUCGAUCCAACGGGCCAGCCUGGUCCAGCUUGCGGGUUUCUGACAAAUCUCCCCACAACUCCUCGAAGAUACUCCGCAAAUGUGUAGAGUUGUGGUGACAUCGUGUCAAAGGUUGGUGUAUUGAACAGCAGAAGGACGUCUGAGCCGUGGAAUUUGCCUAGCCAGGAGUAUUUGUCGUCUAAAAGACUUGUGACCGAGGCAUUGAAGUAGAAUCGCCAUGUUGGAUUGACCGAGGCUGAAAUGUUGGCGAGAAUAGCUUGGGGCUGGGCGUGUUAGCUGUGAAGUCGGAAGCAUGUGAACUUACACAUUGCCAGACAAAGUCUGUAUAGAUUGCGGCAGCAACAUCAAAGUCGGUCUUGAGGCUGGGGUCGUCAUAAGCCUUGAGAAUUGUUUUCUGUUGGCUUUUGCUGACCAGUGGCUCAGAAAGAUAUGCCCCUAAGAAUGUCUCGAGUGAGAUAUUUCUGUUGAUCAGUCCUCGGCCCUCUUCCGCAAUUGUUCCCAUAAGCACAGGAAUUAUUGCAACAUCGCCAUCUCUCCAUCUCUCCGCUCUGUCACUCAGAAUUGUCACAUUAUCAGUGAUCGGCAAGAAUGCACUCCCAGCCGUGCCCAUAGCCUUGACCAGAUCGUCUCCUGGCACCUCUCGCAUACACUGCAGCUGAUCUGGUCCCUGGCAGCCAACAACAGUUGUCAGGUUAUCCCAGUACGAAGUAUCGUGAUGACUGGCAGUGCUUCCGAGGUACCCAACAGACAUUUGACCAGAAAACAUCAUUGCGGCGCGGAAUGGGGGAGAUGUGUAUCUGUUGACGUGUAUAUCGACGGACAUGGCACCUGCAGAUUCACCCCAGAUGGUGACUUUGUCUGGGUCGCCACCAAAGGCGCGAGCGUUUCUCUGAACCCAUUCGAUAGCGAGUUGCUGAUCAUGGAUACCGAGGUUGAUCUCUGAAGCUGGUAUAUCUGGGGAGUUUGGGAACCCAAAGACUGUCUCGUCAGCAGGCUCAAAAGCUGAUGGUUCACUUACCAUUUGUUCUGUAAUUAAAGGUAAAGACGACGAUGUCUUCAUACGCCGCGAAACCACUCAGAUCGACUUCUCCGUUGCCUUGCUGCCAUCCACCGCCGCUGAUGAACAAGAGCACAGCCCUUGAAGGGUGGGGGUCUGCUGGAGCGAAAGCGUUGAUGUAGAGACAGUCUUCACUCUCACGGGAUGCUGUGUUGAACAGUCCUUUGAGCAGAUCAAUCUCCGGAGUGAGUUCUACAAGGUUAGCUUUGCUCAUUGGAAGUAGGCUGUACUCACCACUUUGGACGAAGAGCUGCCUGCAUGAAGGACCAAACCUGGUCGCAUUCAAGGGCUUCGUCCAUGGUUCAGGCUUCUUAGCCCGGGUGAAACGCUGCGUUCUCGCAGCAUAAGGAAUACCGAGAAACUUGUUCACAGGCGAAGCAGCUGGGAGAGUUGUAGUGAGACCAAAGACUGGGCCUGAGUCGAGUGUGACUGUUGGAGUUUCAGCCCCGACGUAGAUUGGGAGCAAGAGUCGUGACAAUGUGAGAGGCUUCAUGAUUGCCGCAUGAUGGCAGAAAUGAAUUCGCUAUACCUGCUGGGAAUGCCAUUUAAAUAUCCGAUAGAUUAUGCUUGGGUGGAGGGUUGUUGAAUGAGAUGCACAUCGACGGUGCAGCCGUAUUGCUCGGGUUCAUGGUUGUCGACACGGAAUACGACGAAUGCGAGAUCGCCCACUAGUCAGCGCCAUGCACCCCGAUGAUCAAUUCAACAUGAGCAGAGUCCGAAACCUCGUGCAUCAGCUCGCAAAUGAAUGCAUCAUCUGGGCUCCAACGAUGCAUUGGAGCACAAACAGGGGACGUGCGAAUCAUUGAAUUGCCAAUCAAUUACUUCAAUCAAAUACAAUCAUCCCCAACUCAACUCGCCCUCCUUUCACCCUUCGCCGCCUCCAAAGAUCUCUGCUUCUUCUCAUCAUUCGUAUCCUUCGCAAAAGUAGAAACAUGCUCAGGCACUUCGACCUUGUUGUAUGGACCAGGAAUCGGCUCCCCGAUCGUCUGAUACACAGGCAACACACCCGUCCACGUCGAAUUCACCAGACUCUCAUUCUCUAAAUCACUCUUAUCGUCCGUCGUCGAUCCCGCACUGAUCUUGGCACUUGCCGAAGUGAUCUUGACUUUGAGAAUAUUCGUACUCUGCAUCUCCGACGCCAGCGGAGGUUGUCGUGUAUGGUUCCAACGAUCAGCCACAACACUAUUGCUGAUAAGUUCCAUCGCAUACAACUUUUCUUCAUCUGACUUGACAGUAGUCGCGUAUCCAUAAAGAACAGCUGACCGGUAAUUGUAAUUGUGCGAAUACGUCGCCAGGGUCAAGACAAGUCCGUCAACGUGCGAUGCAGCAACACAAACCGGCAUUCCCUGAAUCUCUUCUCCAUCGACUGUAGAUGUCUGAGCCAAGUUCAUGAUCCUCGAUGAUACAUAUCCGUGAAGAUACAGUUCCAGAGGAUCCCGCAGGCUUGAACUUGGACGAUCAAACGAUCCCAGCUGUCCUAUCAUCGGCAGAACAACCGGAAAUGGCUGGGAUGGUGUAUUAAAUGAUAUAUGAAGGAUCGGACAUGUAUUGACGAUGCUAUGAACAGUCUCGAGGUCAUAAACCCCGUGGACUUUGUACCGUUUGAUGGUAUUUGUCGGGUCUUUUGGGUACUGAAGAUUAUGACGGCCCAUUUUGUUUGCUACUGUUGAUUACAAUUCCUACAAUGCGAUAGGACACGCUACCUUAUAUAGCCAUCUGUAUCUAUUCACAGGCUAGAACUGCCCUGAAAGGUAAUUAUUCGCGUGAUAAGACAACCUCUCUAGCUCUAGCUGCAGGACGAUGGUCUCGGACCGGAAAAACUCUACAACCCCACCUCCACAUCUUGAUCGUGGCCACCUCUCCAUCAUCAAGAUACCCCGCGACAUCAAAGUCGCAUCAAAUCACCAUGGUUCUUCAAGAUCUCGGCCGUCGCAUCAACGCGGCGGUCACAAACCUGACCCGAGAGCAAAAUCUCGAUGAAAAGGCCUUCGAUGGCAUGCUCAAGGAGAUUUGCGCCGCUCUCCUCGAAGCAGACGUCAAUGUACGACUCGUCGGCCAACUACGGAAAUCCAUCAAAUCCACUGUCAACUUCAAAGAACUCCCCCCCGCCGUAAACAAGAAACGCCUCAUCCAAAAAGCCGUCUUCGAUGAACUCGUCAAACUCGUCGAUCCUCACGCCGAACCGUUCCGACCGAAGAAGGGAAAGAGCAAUGUCAUCAUGUUCGUUGGUCUCCAGGGUGCAGGAAAGACGACAACAUGUACAAAGCUCGCGCGGCAUUAUCAGUCCAGGGGUUUCAAGGCGUGUCUGGUUUGUGCCGAUACGUUCAGAGCUGGUGCUUUUGAUCAGUUGAAGCAGAAUGCCACAAAAGCCAAGAUCCCCUACUAUGGUUCCCUCACAGAAACGGAUCCCGCUGAAGUUGCGAGGGCUGGUGUUGACCAAUUCAAGAAGGAGAGGUUCGAGGUCAUCAUUGUUGAUACAUCAGGUCGCCACCGACAAGAGUCUGCUCUUUUCCAGGAGAUGGUGGAUAUCCAAGAAGCCAUCAAACCCGACGAGACUAUCAUGGUUCUUGACGCUUCGAUCGGUCAACAAGCGGAGUCACAAGCCAAGGCUUUCAAGGAGGCGGCUGAUUUCGGAGCCAUCAUCAUCACAAAGACGGACGGCCACGCACAUGGUGGUGGUGCCAUUUCUGCAGUCGCUGCGACACAUACCCCUAUUGUCUUUAUCGGUACCGGUGAACACAUGCUCGAUUUUGAAAAGUUUGCCCCUCAACAAUUCGUGCAGAAGCUUCUCGGUAUGGGAGACAUGGCUGGAUUGAUGGAGCAUGUGCAGAGCCUGAACCUCAACCAGAAGGACACCAUCAAGCACAUCCAGGAGGGUAUCUUUACGGUGCGCGACCUGCGGGACCAACUCUCCAACAUUAUGAAGAUGGGCCCCCUCUCAAAAAUGGCCGGCAUGAUCCCCGGCAUGAGCAACAUGAUGCAGGGUAUGGACGACGAAGAAGGCGGCGCCAAACUCAAGCGAAUGAUCUACAUCUGCGAUUCAAUGACGGACAAGGAACUCGACUCGGACGGCAAGAUCCUCAUCGAACAACCCACCCGAAUGACACGAAUCGCACGCGGAUCCGGCACAUCAGUACGCGAAGUCGAGGACCUCCUGACCCAGCAACGAAUGAUGGCAGGCAUGGCAAAGAAGAUGGGAGGAAACAUGAAGAACAUGCAGCGAGCGCAACAAGCUAUGGGAGGAGGCAACAAGGCACAACAACUAGCGGCCAUGCAAAAGAGGUUACAGAGUAUGGGAGGCGCAGGCGGUGCAGGAGGCAUGCCCGAUAUGGGUAGCUUGAUGAAGAUGCUUGGCGGAGGAGGUGGAGGCAUGCCUGGUGGUAUGGAUAUGCAGGCCAUGAUGAGGCAGAUGGGUAUGGGUGGUGGCGGCAUGCCUGGGAUGCCGCCUGGAGGUGGAAGAGGUAGAAGGUGAGCACGCGUUGAAUGGAAUACGAAUGUCUCAGUCACUUUUGUCCCACCAGCAUACGCAUGUCUUGAAUUGAAGAUACCCUGACCUCAGGGCAAACUCCUGACUUGACCGACGUCUCGAUGAACAGUCUCGAUGAUGAUGGAGAUCCCUCCGGGGGCUCCUAGCGGAGGGCUCUCUCUCGCUCCGCUCGUGUUUGAUCAUGCAGCUCUCGAUAGGAUGCCAUGUAUCGGCUGUGGCAAUAAUUUCAUAUGAUAAAUACCCUUUGUCCUGACAUCACUGAGCACACCAUAUGUCUUCCAACAUGAAGUACAACAUAUGGUUCGUCGCCGCAGCGGCGGAGCUUCUCACAGUCAAACUCGAAAGUCGCUCUCAGUCUCAACUGUCA